CUGAUGAAAACACAACUCAAAGUGCGGACAGACACCAAGCACUUUUGUGAGACAUAGUGACCCACUUCAAGCCUCGGCAACAUGAGAGUUGGAGUGCCCGUUUUUGUGUUCUUAGCCGUCGCAGGCUUACAAUAUGCCACAGCUGCAUCACUGGCAUCUGAGGAGAUGGAGGAUUCGUCUGAAGAGGAAGUGGACAAACUGACUUUGCUGCUGAAAAGAGAUCAGAUGGAGUUUGAGGCAGCCCAGGUGGAGAAUGCUGAAGAGACUCAGGCUGCCCAUGAUCAUUUUGAAGCGGCCAAAGUGGAGGAGGCUGAGGAGAUCCAAGCCGCAGGAGAUCAGUUUGAAGCGGCCAAAGUGGAGGAUGCUGAGGAGAUCCAAGCCGCAGGAGACGAGGAAGAGAGUGAGGAGGAUGAGACUGAGGAAGUCACUCACUACAUGGAGGCAAGUCAGGAUGAGGACUCACAUGAGGUAGUCCAAGAGGAGGACACAGAUGAUGCGAAAAAAGAUGCCCAAGAGGUCAUCAGUGAUGAGAAUGCAAGCAAUGACAGUGAAGAUGAUUCACAUUCUGAAGAGAAAUCAGAGGCCGCCUUAACCGCCACGGACACCAGACAAACACAAGAUGUAUCCACUGAGGGCUUGGCUGAGGAGGAAGCACUGGAGGAGUGAACCACUGGAUGAGGGACAGGGAGAGGGGACGAGGUCCAAGCCAUUCAGAGGAGAAAUGAUACUGCAGAGCUGAUUCUGUUCAAUAAAUAAGAAUCAUUACUCCCUA